AUGCUCGCUCAAGUGUUGGAGCUAGCUCCUGAUGUGCAGCCGCGGUUGGCCAGGGACCUAAUCCUGCGGCACUUCACUGUUGGUCAGAAUCAGGUGCUGGAGGCAGUCAUCCAAUCGCUGUUCGAGCCCACCUCCGGUCGGAGGGUAGAAAAGCGGAAUUCAACAGAGCAAGGUCAGCUUGAGGGAGGGGGGCACAAAAGGCCUCGGCUCGGUGAGGUCGACUAUUCCCGGGUAGACCGAAACCAGAAGGGUGGUCCUGAUUAUCAGGGCUUGUGCAUGGAGCAUCUCCUGGUGGAUUUUCCGGACGUACCAAGGAAUCACAUUAGGAAAACACUAUUUGCUCAUGGCGUUCUGUAUGCUCCAACACACCUCUUUCUGCGUGACGAAAAGCGGCGUGGGCCGCCUUUUAAGUAUAUUCCAAAGGGGACGAUCAACACUUCAUCUCUCAAGGGGAAAGGUCGGGCGUUGGAGGAUGCUGAAUUUCAACGGGAGCGCGCUUGGCUAUUAGAAAAGCUGAAGGAUGAAGACGUCAAGUUGGAUAGAAAUACGGCUGAGCAAUUGGAUCAACAGGGGGAUAUGGAGUGCGGAUGCUGCUUCGGGACAUACCCUUUUGACAAAAUGGUGCAAUGCCCGGAUGCGCAUCUGUUCUGCCCAGGAUGUGUGAAAUCUUACGCAGAAACUUUGCUCGGUGUCCAUAACGUUAAUAUCAACUGCAUAGAUCAGUCGGGAUGUAAUCUCGCGUUCCCUGUCUCAAUUCUUCAAAAGGUUCUUCCUGGUAAUCUCCUGGAGCUGUAUGAGCGUGUCAGGCAGCAGAACGAGAUUGAAAUGGCUGGUCUGAAGGGCCUUGAAGAGUGCCCUUUCUGCGAUUUCAAGUGCAUUAUUGAAGGCCCUCGCGGCAGUCUAUUCCACUGUGGUAAUAUGAAAGCCUGUGGGGCUAUCACUUGUCGACAAUGUAAGAAAAGGGAUCAUCGCCCUAAAAGCUGUAAAGAGAUGGAAGGAGAGCAAUUGCUGGAAUGUCACCAUGUUAUUGAGGAGGCGAUGAGCAAGUCCCUCUCAGUUCUAAACUGUCCUCGUUGUGAUAAAGGUGGGGAGAGUUCCUCUUCUUGUAAUAAGAUGACCUGUCCUUUUUGCCGCACAAUGUCAUGUUAUGUUUGCCGAAAGGAGGUAACCAGUUAUGAGCACUUCAACGUCUGUCCCGAGUCCAGCGCCGCCACUCAAAAGUGUCCCCUGUGGGAACCUCUUGAACACCGCCACACUCAGGAGGUAAAUGCUGCAGCUGAAAAGGCGAUGAAUGAUUACCGGAGGGUGAAUCCAGGAAUUCAGAUCAAAUUGCAACUUGCGAAAAAGCCUAGGAUUCCCGUUGGGAGUGCUGAUCCACUGGGAUAUGGUCUGCCUGGAAUGCCCAGAAACAACCCGUAUGUGUGA